AUGGAGGCUGUUAAUACAUCGUUACGGUGUUUCAACAAAGCUCAUGUGAGCGAGUUGUUUGAAGACGACAACCUGGAAACAGUGACAUCAAAAGAACAGAAAAAACUAGAGAGCACUGUCCAGGAGAUGUUUUGUUCUAAAUUUCAGGAUCAAGUGUUGCCAAGGCCUGUACUGUUACGAGAACAACAUAGUCUUUUUUUGAUGAAAGCAAUUCACCAUCUACCUGACUCCUCUGAGAGUUUGGACGUCAGUCGCUGCUGGCUCUGUCACUGGGUCCUACACAGUUUAAAUCUGCUGGAGCAACCGUUGCCUGCCUCCACUGUCUCAGAUGUUUGUCAGUUCCUGGCAAGAUGUCAAAGUCCCACAGGAGGUUUUGGAGGAGGUCCUGGACAACAAGCACACCUGGCUGCUACAUAUGCUGCCGUUAAUGCUCUCUGUACUAUUGGAACUGAAGAGGCAUACAAUGUCAUUGACAGAGAGAAACUUCUGCAUUUCCUCUGUUCUUUGAAACAACCAGACGGUUCUUUUGCUUUGCACGAAGGCGGAGAAAUUGAUGUCAGGGGUGUGUAUUGCGCUGCUUCGGUCGCGUCCCUCACAAACAUCAUCACAGCCACGUUGUUUGAAGAUUCGAUCAACUGGGUUGUUCGGUGUCAGACGUGGGAAGGUGGAUUGGCGGGAAUUCCAGGGCUCGAAGCACAUGGUGGAUAUACAUUCUGUGGACUGGGUGCUUUAGUUAUCCUUAAACAUGAAUAUUUACUGGAUCUCAAAGCUAUGCUGCGUUGGGCAGUUUGCAGACAGAUGCGUUUUGAGGGAGGUUUUCAAGGACGAUGCAAUAAACUUGUGGAUGGCUGUUAUUCUUUUUGGAUGUCCAGCGUUCUUGCUAUGCUCCACCAUGCUCUCAUAAAACAAGGGGACGCUGAGCUCAGUCGGCCUAACUGGGUGUUUGACACGCGGGCUCUCCAGGAGUACCUGCUCUUCUGCUGCCAGAGUCCAGACGGAGGACUUCUGGACAAACCUGGCAAACCGAAGGACUUUUAUCACACCUGUUACUGUCUUAGUGGGCUCUCUAUCGCACAGCAUUUCAAGGGUUUAGAUACACAGGAGACGGUCGUCCUUGGUGAUGAUGGCAACAAAUUGGCUCAAAAUCACCCCGUCUAUAAUGUCUGUCCAGAGAGAGUGGCCCGGGCUCUGGACUAUUUUGGUAAAUUACCCAUUCCAGAACAGAGAGAGAACGGACCGACAUUCCACAUUUGA